AUGAUCUCCUUGAGCUGGGCUGUAGGCCUAUGCUCGAUACUAUGGCCGAGUUACUCUGGUGCAGUACCAACAACACCGUCGCCAUCCUCGUCAGCCUCAUCACCCACCACCUCCUUCAAUGUCGUCAUGGACGCGCCCGCAAAUGCGUACCUCUGGGUCCCACAAAGAGACUGGCAGAAUUUUCAACAGCAGGGCGUCCUUUUCAAUACUAACCCAUUCCGAAGAGACAUUGGCGAAUUCGGAUUGGAGCUGGAAACCUCUGUUGGGGAACAGUUCUCAAAUGGCGAUACAGUGAUUGUCGAACUUGCUCUAGGGCCACACACCAUACGCUCAGAGUCCCAUCUUUCCACCUAUGGCGUAUUCUUCUCGCAGGUGCGGAGGCAUCAGUCUGUUGAGGACCGUGAACAAGCUAACGAGGCUGGAUGGACUGUCAAUGACCGAUUCAACACUUCGUGGAACCAGUUUGGCGCGAUAUCUGGGCAGGCAAAUUACGGAGUCCCAGAGAUGCGGCAGAUGGACCAACGCUAUCUCAACGGCGUGGCUGCUGAUCACUUCACCCGGGCACUGCUGCACUACUUAACCGGCGCAUCGAGCAUUCUGGAUGCGAAUUUACGACAGUCGUUUAGGCGCCUCAUUGGCUGGGGAGAGGAACAGGGACAAGCUCAGCUCCUGCCUGCUGUUACGAACCCUCUGUCGAUGGACUCGAUAGUGGUGCAGUAUCUGUCGUCUCUGGAGGCAGACGUGAGGCUUGCAAGAUAUGGUAUCAUCGAGGGCAAUCUGGCGAAUGGACCGUGCCCGGCGUUGAUUCGCACCAUAGCUGCGCAUCUAGGUGUAGGCCCAUCGCUCUGGGGACGUGAUGAAGACCAAGCUACGGAAAUACCGGGAAGUUGCGAGAAUGCCGUGUCCGUGUAUUGCAGACAGCAAGCGCAGGCGCAGGACGGCCUGUGUGAGGCUGUCAAAGAAUCGGAGCAAACCGACGUGGAAACAUGCAACUACUUCAAGUCCCUCGAGGCCAAGUUGACCAUGGGAAAUGGGCUUUGGGGCUUUGAUGGCGCCGGCACCGUCGAUGACAUUGUCAUCGAGUUCGGGGGGCACAAUCACCAAACCAUCCUAAAACAUCCGUCGCACGGAGACGAGGCCACAAUCUCGGUGGACCUUGAAAAGGCCUUUGGAUCAAAGCAAGUCCUCGUUGAAGCUGUCAAAUCGUUUCAAUUAUACUCGGUGCAGGAUGAGCAGAAGAAUCCGGACUCGUGGGAGAUUGGAGGUCUCUACAUUUACGGAACGUGCGUCGAGUCGUCGAGGAGAGUUGUUGUCAAGAAAUACGACAAUGUCUACGAUUGGUUCAACCGGUUCGGCGACAUGAACCCGGGGUAUGGGUCGUCCCAUUUUAACGGCCAUGUUGCUCUUGGUGACUGGCAGUGGGAGACACCAGACGACAAGACCAAGACAAUCGCCGUCAUGCCGCCCGGGCAGCCGCAUGCCUGUACCGAAUUCAAAUCGCUCGAGGCAUAUCUUGAGCUGGGCAAAGGGGUGUAUCAGGGCAGCGGAGCCGGAACCAACGACGAGAUCAUGCUUGACUUUAGCGACAGCGCAUUCACCCCGAGCAAUAUCCUGCUCAUGUCAUCUCCCUCGCGUGGUGAUUCGGUAACGAAGCCUAUUGAACUGGAAAGUGUCUUUGGAAAAUCGGUGCUGUCUCCAAAGGAUGUUAGACAAGUUGCAGUCUACUCUAGGGAGGGCACAAGCCACUGGGCAGAUCCAUGGGAGGUCGCAACCCAUUGUGAAGGGUCGGCGAAAACCGCAGAGGUUACCAAGUGGCGCGACAUAUAUCAGUGGUUUGAUCGUUUUGAGGGACCGUCGACGCUGAGUGGAGAGUUGUCUCUCAGAGACUGGCACUGGGCGUAG